GCCAAUAUGGCUCAUUCCACCCCUGUCCAGACGGCUUUUACAAAGGCAGCUUAUGUCGGGGAUGUUUCGGCACUCGCUCUUCUGCCGUGGCCCUCCUUUACCGCCCCCCGCUACGAUUCGCGGGCCUCCCAGCCCGCCGCCUCUGCCUCUCACGAGGGGUCGCCGUGUGGGCGGGGCGGGGUUGAGGAGGAGGAGCGUGAAGCAGCGGCGCAAGGAGAGUGCUCUACACGGGAGAGAGUGCCAUGCGGUGCCGCCCAUGCGGCCCGCCGCAAUGCGGCGGCUCUUGUGCUCGCAGCCAUGGGCCCUACCCUGCGCUGCUACCACCUGCCGUCCGGCCGGCUGCUGGCAGCCGUUGAUGUCUUCGACGGCGUGAGGAUCCACGGGAUCGUGCCACGUGGCAGCAGGGGGGUGGGCGGCGCUGCUUGGGCGCAAGCGCAGGGGCAGGGCCAGAGGGGGCAGACAGGAGGCAUGGGGCAGCAGGGUGGGAGAGUGCGGAUGGCGGUGGCAGCAUGGUUGCCGUGCAGGGACCACUGGGUCUGUGAUGCCGCCAUGCUGCCGUGCUCCACGCAUGCCCGCACCAUGCACCCGUGCCUGCUCGCUGUGGGGUUGAGUGACAACAGCGUGGAGCUGUGGUCCAUGCCAGCCGCUGGAUCGGAGGGGAUGUGUGGCCUGGAUGGGAGGGCGGAGCAGCCGCUGAGACUGCUGCGCUCUGUGGCUUGCUCAGACCGCAGUCUGCUGUACGCCAUGCGCCUGCACUGGGAUGCGGCCUCCCUGAACCUGCAUGUGGCUGCCGGCACCAUCCUCAACCAGUUGCUGCUCUGGACCGUGCCCCUCCCUGCCUCUCCCUGCGCCGCUCUGCCCUCCAGCAUUCACGAGCCUUGCCACGUGGCGCCCUCCCAUAGGCUGGUGGGUCAUGAGGGGUCGAUCUACCGGGUGGUGUGGCAGGAGGAGAGCGACAGGGGUGCGCGUGUGUGGCGUGUGAGCAUGCCCGCAGGGCCAGCACAGGCAGGGGGGGGUGAGGAGCGCGGAUCGUGUGAGGGGGGUGGCAGGGGUGGCAGCGCCCCUGUGUGUGGCGCGGCGGAGAGGGUGCUGUACGGCCAUGGGGCUCGACUCUGGGACGCUCAUGUGGACUCCCAGGUGGCGGUGACGGUGAGUGAGGACUGCACGGCGCGGGUGUGGUCGGCAGCAGACGGCCGCCAGCUGGCGGUCAUCAGAGCGCACCAGGGUCGCGGCAUCUGGCGGUGCGUGGUGCACCCCCCCACGCGCACGCUCAUCACCGCCGGCGCUGAUGCCUCCAUCCACCUGCACGCCCUGCCCGCCCUGCCCUCCCUGCUCUCCUCCUCCACCGCCCUGCCCCCUGCCCUGUCGUGGCACCCCCCUCUUGACUUGCUGCUGCUCCGUGUGAUGGCCACUGGUUCCAACACAGGCAGCAGCAUCGCUGUCGGCCGUGCAGCUGACGCUGCUGGUGCUGCUGGUGCUGCUGGUGCUGCUGGUGCUGCUGGUGCUGCUGGCAGUGUGACGCAGGGAGAGUGCAGAGGGCAGCAUGGAGAGGGGGGGGAUGUGGAGGCAGCAGAGAAAGACACGAGGCGCAAGGACAGCAAGAGCGAGUUCAUCCGCUGCGUCGCCCUCGCCUCCCCCCACCUCCUCUUCCUCGCCACCAACCAAGGCGCCCUCCUCCUCCUCCGCCUCCUCCCCUCCCUCUCCGCCCCCUGCCCCGCCCCCAUCGUCCUCCUGCCCGCCGCCCCAUCGUCCCCUUCCCAUGCCUCCCGCGGUCCAAUCGUGUGCCUCCACGUGGAAAAGGAGAGGGACGAGGGGGAGUGCGGGGAGGAGGAGGGGGGCGGGGGGGAGUCAAGGCGAGGGGGGCAGGGGUCCAAGAGGGAGGGGCGGUGGCAGGUGGUGUGUGGGUUUGGCAUGGGUCAGGCUGUGGCCCUCUCUGUCACACUGUGGGCACGGCCCCACUGGCCCAUGCACGCAGGCAGGACAGAGGGUGGGGGAGGUGGGGAGGAACAAGGGGAAGAAGUAGCAGCAGAGGAACAGGGGCAAGGGGCAGUGGCAGGGGCGGGUGAGGGGGGAAGACAGUGUGGGGAGGUGGAGGUGCAUUGGUGGAGCGAGUGGCAGGCGCAGCCGGCCAGGCGGCUGCUGGGCACCUUCUGGUGCAGCAGCCUCAGCGAUAGGCAUGUCUUCACCACUGACCCAGCGGGCGGUGUCGUUUGGUGGCACAUGGACGACGACGCUGCACCGCCAACCAUUGCAGCCGCCUGUCCUCUCGCACGCGGUACUGUGCACCUGUCCGGGCGGCAGCUUCCGGCCACAGCAGUGGCACGGAUCCAAUCACCGGGUGGGGCGCGCGUGGUGUGCUUGGAUGCAUGCCCAACGAGCAAGCUGCUGGCGCUGGGCGACCAGAGGGGACACCUCUACCUUUUCUCAUUCUCCCUCGCCGCCCCUGCUGCCGGCCACCCACUGGCGGACUGCCACGUGGCAGCAGUGCUGAAGGGGGCUCACGGCAUAUCGGCAGUGGCCAGUGUGGCAAUAACGGGGGCAGCAGAGAUGGGUGCGGCUGCAGCCUCGCUUGGCUUCACCGCACUCAUCCGCACGACCGGCAGGGACGGCUGCAUCUGCACCUUUGCCCUGCGCUCCCCGCCCCCUCCCUCACCGCAUGCACCCGCCCUGGGUGCACCCACCUCCCCUGGCAGCACGCCUCUUGGGGGUGUGGGUGGUGGCACGGUCACGCGGCACGGGGAGGGGCAGCAGGGGCGCGUGGUGUGUGUGGGGGUGGAGCGCGCGGGAGAGGUGGCGAUGGUGGAGCGCGUGCAGACCGUGGGGGCAGGCCGCGCAGGGGGGCGGGUGGCGGUGGGGUUUGCAGCCACAGACUUUGUGGUGUGGAGCGUGGACGAGCAGGCAGAGCUGGCGCGCAUUCACUGCGGGGGAUGGCGCCGGCCGCACUCCUUCUUGCUGGACCAACAUACCUCGGGGUCCUUCGCCCUCGCCUUCCUCAAGGACGGACAUCUGCACGUCCACCGCACCUCACCUGCCGCCACAAACCCCCCCUCCUCUCCGCACCCCCCGUCCCCCUUCCCCCCUCCUCCCUACACCCCACCUUCCACGGCCGUGAGCUGCACUCCGUCGCCCUCCUGCCCCUGCCCGCUCCCACCUCGCCUCUCUCCCACAAACCCUCCCUUUCCCCCCCUUCCUCCUCCCACCGCCCCUCGCUGCUGCUGUCGGCUGCUGAGGACGGCUGCCUGCGCGCCUCCAACGGAGGGCGGCAGCACUGCCGGCGACACAGAGCAGGGCGGCAGCAGCAGUGAGGAGGCGUCCUCGUGGCUUGUGUUCACUGCAGGCGCACGUGAGGUGCUCAUGUGCUGGCUGCUGCUGUGCACCCCGCCCGCCCCCCUGCCAGCCCCGCGGCAGGCCCUCGCCCGCCCCAGCUCACACGCUGGGCAGCAGAGGGGGGAGGGAGAACAGCGGAGGGGGGCGGGAGAGAAGCAGAGUGGGGAGGGGGAGCAGCAGAGGGGGGAGGGGGAACAGCAGAGGGGGGAGGGGGAGCAGCAGAGGGGGGAGGGAGAGAAGCAGAGUGGGGAGGGGGAGCAGCAGAGGGGGGAGGGAGAGCAGCAGAGGGUGGGGAGAGGGGAGGACGGGAACAGCGGGGAGGGAUGGGAAAAUGCCUUUUUGAGGGGCGCGCAGCGAAGCAAGGUGGAAGGAGCACGUGCAACCGAGGAAAGUCGGGGUGAUGGUGGAGUGGAGGGGCGGCAGGUUCUGUCCUUUUGGUUGAGCACGCACCGGCCAGAUAAAAGGCAAGGGGUGUCAUGUGGGGAUGGGGUUGGCAAUGGAAGCAAGGGGCCAAGGAGAGAGGGAGGUGGCAGCAGCAGCAGCGGGGAGGAUGAUUUGCGCUACCUGAGCGUCACUGCAUUCUCAUUCGGCAGCUUCUCCCAGCGCUCCCUGGUGGCGUUCGUAGCAGCCGCCACGUCCGACGCCCGCCUGCAGCUGCUGGCGUUCCACGCGCCCUCUCUCUCCUGGCACCCCCUCGCCUCGCUCCACCACCACUCCUGCCCCGUCCUCUCCCUCCACCACCUCCUCCUCCCCUCGCCCUCCCCCUCCUCCCCCUCCUCCUCGCCCCCUCUCCCCCGCUGCCUUGUCACCAGCGGUGCCACGGACGGCUCUGUUGUGCUCUGGGAUGUCACUGCGCCUGUCACCCAAUUCCUGCAUGCCACGUGGCAUGCUGCCACCCAUCUCCCCCCACUGUUUCCAGCAGCAGCAGCAGCGGGAGGGGGCAGCAGCGGCGCAGCAGUGCGGCCGGUGAGUGGGCGCGGCAGCGAGGGGGGUCAGCGCAGGAGGAAUGCACGCUGGCACAUGCAGGGCGGGGGCCAGGGGCACAUGCAGGGCGGGGGGCAGGGACGGCGGAGAAAGAGGACUCCUAGCAGCAAGGCUGGGAAGGACGAGGAGGGGGAGGGGCAGCAAUCGGGGGUGGCAGAGGGGGUAGGGGAGGAAGCACAAGGAGGGGAAGGCGAGGGAGCAAGACACGAGGGUUGGCAGGGGGGCUGUGGGGAGGACGGGGAGGGAAGAGCAGGCGAGGGAGAUGGAGGGGUGGGGGACGAGGCAUUGAGAGUCCAAACAAGUGAGGAAGGGCAGGGGCGGAGGGCUGUGGAUAUCGCCCCCCUGUGUGUGGUGAUGGGCGCACACCAGUCAGGCGUCAACUGCAUUGCUGCUGCUGCCGCCCCUGCCAGUGCUGCCAGUGCUGUGGCAACAGGCGAGGCAAGGGGGUGCGGGGAAGCACGUGUGGUGGUGGUGAGUGGGGGGGACGACGAGGCGGUGCACGCCGUGGUGCUGCAGGUGGACUCGCAGGGGGCGGAGGAGAGGGGGGAGGGAGGGAAGGAAGGACGUGAGGGGGGUGGGAGGGGAGGAGGGGCACGAGUGGUGACACGGACAUACCAGCCCAACGCACACACCGCUGCUGUCAAAGGCAUCUGGACCAAUGGCGAGGCAGUGCUGUCGGUGGGCCUUGACCAGCGCCUACGCUGCUGGUCCCUCUGCUCCAAUCACAGUGCGCCGCGUGGCAAGGCAGGCAGUGCAGAGGCAGGUGGGGUGCGGGUGGAGGGCAGGGGGCGGUGUGUGGUGGACGUGCCUGAGGCGGAGGGGCUGGCCGUGCAGGAGCAAGGCAAGGGGAGGUACCUGGCGGCAGUGUGUGGGCGAGGCAUGCAGCUCAUUCACUGCAGCGCGUCAGCACCAUGACGAAUGCAGUCUCUCCACAUGGUUGGCACAUCAUUCGAAGUUUCAAUGGAAUGGCUCACCGCCGCAGGCUUGGUGUUUUAGCGACUCCUCGUACCAGUACAAAGCUCACUACCCAUAGUUCUC